CAUUUGUGGGGGCAACUUUCCUAUAAAGUGAAGGGUGAUACACCUUGCAGGUUGGGGACACAAUGUACUUGCCUGUUCUAGUUUUGGAUUCUCCUUUGAUCCUUGUCCUUUGAAACCCAAACUGAGCACCAAAAAUCUGAGGUUGGAAGGGGAAUCAAACAAGAAUACAUCAUCUCAUUGAUGUGUUAUCCAUGCCAAGCAGCAAUUCUGGAAAAUGUCUGGGUGAUGUAACUUAGACAUAACAAGCGCCCGCAAUUAAAUUUAAAGGCGUUUUUAUCGGAAAGGCUUUCUGUUGCUGUCUGUCAAUUGGUAGCAUUAGACCAAAGAAAAUUGUCCAAUGAAAGCGUCUCAGAAACAUAAAAUUACAGGCAAGUACUUUGACCAGGGUUUAGAUAUGUACCAGUCAUGCUCUGAUGAUUGCGGCAAUGGUGUGCAACAUUCGGUCCAAAAUUUGGAACAAUACUGUACCCUUGAAUCGUCGUCUGGUAUGCAGAAUUCUUCUACAGCCAGUUUCUCACCCAAUGGCAGUCCUGCUUCACAGCAAAACUACUCUUACCCGUCAGACCUGCAUCAUUCCCCAGACAAUACAUGUGGUUCACCAGUAACUGGUUCUCGUGUAACAGACAAUGAGCAUGACUUGAGGCACAUGAUAAGACAUCUGGAAACUGCUAUGCUAGGAAUCGAUUCAGAUAAUUUUGACAUUCAUACUAUCACCGCUUCUGGUGAAGCCACUGAAGUCUCCAUUGAAGCAGGGAGGUGGAAAUACAUGAUGGAGAUGAUCACCAGAGGGGACCUGAAAGAACUGCUUUAUGCUUGUGCAAAAGCUGUAGAAAAUAAGGAUAUGUAUACGGCUGACUGCUUGAUGACACAGUUACGUCAAAUGGUGUCAGCUUCGGGUGAACCAAUACAACGUAUAGGAGCCUACAUGUUGGAAGGGCUUGUUGCAAGGCUGGCCUCUUCAGGAAGUUCUAUCUACAAAGCCUUAAGAUGCAAAGAGCCUGCCAGUGCUGAACUGCCUUCAUACAUGCACAUACUCUAUGAAAUCUGCCCAUAUUUCAAGUUUGGGUAUAUGUCAGCGAAUGGUGCAAUUGCUGAAGCCAUGAAAGAAGAAAGUAGAGUCCAUAUAAUUGAUUUUCGGAUUGCACAAGGAAGCCAAUGGUUGACCCUAAUUCAUGCACUUGCUAAUCGUCCAGGAGGACCUCCAAGUAUACGUAUUACAGGCAUUGAUGAUCCUACAUCAGCUUAUGCCAAAGGAGGAGGACUUGAAAUAGUGGGGCAGAGACUAUGCAAGCUUGCUGAGUCAUGUAAGGUACCCUUUGAAUUCCAUGCUGCUGCUAUUUCUGGUACCGAGGUUCAACUUGAAAACCUUGGAAUUCAACCUGGUGAAGCUAUUGCUGUAAAUUUUGCGAUGAUGCUGCAUCACAUGCCAGAUGAAAGUGUGGGAACUCAGAAUCAUCGGGACAGGCUGUUGAGGUUGGUGAGGAGUUUGUCUCCAAAGGUGGUGACUCUUGUUGAGCAAGAAGCCAAUACAAACACUGCCCCGUUCCUUCCCCGUUUCCUAGAGACAAUGAAUCAUUAUUUAGCAAUCUUUGAAUCAAUUGAUGUUAGUCUGCCAAGGGAAAACAAGGAGCGGAUCAAUGUUGAACAGCACCGUCUGGCCUGGGAGAUUGUCAAUAUUAUAGCAUGUGAGGGGCCUGAGAGAGUAGAACGUCAUGAACUAUUGGGAAAGUGGAGAUCAAGGUUUACCAUGGCUGGCUUUACACCCUGUCCAUUAAGCUCAUUUGUCAAUGCUACCAUCAAAGUUCUUCUGCAACGCUAUUGUGAUAAGUAUACACUUGAAGAGAGAGAUGGAGUUCUUUAUCUCGGCUGGAUGAAUCGAGCUAUAAUUGCUUCUUGUGCAUGGAGAUGCUAACCAAACAAUAGUUAUUGUUACUUUGUCGAUAGAACCUUUAUUUGAAAAACAUUUCUUUACUUUUUCCUCUUAGGCAUACACAAGAUUAGCCCUUAUUUGAUAAGAACAUCCUUUUCGGGGAUGCAAUGAAAACAAGGCCUUUGUACAACUGAAUGUUAGUUGAUUAAUUCCAUUGGUUAGCUGUCAGUAUUGCAGCUUGUCUUGCAUAUGCUU